CAUAUCACGGCGACCGGCGGUCAUUCUUCGAACACUACUCAGCGGCGCGUCAAGAGCUAACUCUCGGGAGUUGAGGUACACAGAACCCCACGUGCCACCACCGGUCCGCUUUCUGCUCAGUACCGUGGAGAACAAAAUGAUUAAGUCGACAACCUUGCUGUUGCCUUCCCGGAGGGCGAUGCGGUACGUCCUCUUCGCCGCCAUAGGACUCGUCCUCGUCACCGUCGUCUACAGAAGCGCCGGCAACAACCUCCCCGAGAAGGUGCGCCAGGCUAUGAAGGUUGUGUCGGAAAAGACAUCCGUGGGGUGCCGCCUGGACAGCGUUGUGUAUUCCCCAAUCAUUCCCAUUCACGCUCCGCUUCCAAUCAAAGUAGAGGUCACCGGCACACAUAGUCGCCAUGCUCCCCGGGCGAAGGCAACAGUUGUGGCAAGAUGCAAAGGCGCAAAAGACAUCGAGUCUGGCCUCACCUUAUAUUACGGCAUCGGCUCUGCUGUCCUGACCUUCCCCAAGCCCGGAGUCUGGGAAGUGUCGGUCAGAGUGAACAGGUACAUCGCACAGGACUCGGCCGAGAACAGCGAGACGGAGUCGUGCUCUCAGACGUUUCCCGUGGAGGCAGUGGACCUCCGUCACACAGACAUUCCGGUCAGAAAAGUGUCGGGAGCUUCUCUUGGCCUGGACAAAGAUUCUGCCUGGUCUAGGGGCAUCGUGGUCAUCGAGGGAAGCUUGAAGAUUCCUGCGGGAGUCACGUUGACUGUGAAACCGGGCGUGGUGUUUCUUAUGAGCCCAGGGUCACGUCAAGACGUCGUCGGCCAGGUGAAGAUGGGAAAAGAGGGGCAUGAUCCAGUCCUCUUCACGGCUUUGCCUGAUGAAAAGGGGAGGGUCAAGCCGUGGGACCAGAUCGUGUUUCAUCGAGGAUCGAAGGGCGACCUCCGGAACACCUGGCUAACGCACGGCGGGAGCGCGAAGAGCCCCAACUUCGGCAGCCUGGACACCACGCCGGUAGUUCAUGUCCAGAAAAAUGCCGCCGUGAAUUUUCAUGGAGGGGGGCUGGUCGACAACGUCGGCGAAGCCAUCAGAGGAGAAGUCUGUACAAUCGUCCUUCAAGGGACGGUCAUUGCCAGGUGUGAGGGGGGCGGUUCAGCGAGAGAGGCUGUGUUUCAUAUGGACAAUGUUCACGUCACUGAGAUCAGCCAAGACCAGAGAAUCACAUCUGAUUUCACGAAGGACUCGUUCUCCUUCUUCUCGCCUGGAACCACAUCAGAGCCAUCCGACGUUUCCGUGAUUUCUAACAGUGUCUUCGCGGCUGGCGGCGGUCUGGGCAUCAAUCAGCAGGGUUCUCACGUCAUCGUGGAGUCAACAAUCAUCGAGGACUUCCGUCGGGCUGGUGUUCUGACGUCAGGUGAGAAGAGCCACGUCACUCUGAGGAAUCUGAUCAUACGGAACUGCGCGAUCGGACUGCGUGUUGGCUACGGUAAAAUGAACGUGACGCUGGACGACUCUGUGGUUGUCAACAACAAAGUCGGCGUCUGGUAUGGAGAAGGUAGUGUGGAUAACGUGGCUACUCUGGACAUCAACAACGUUCUGGCCAUCGGAAACUCGGAGAAAAACCUCAAGGUUUACAGCACCGGAGUGGAGCGAACCAACACCGACCGCGGCUCUGACAACGUGCGGUUGCGAUGCUUCUUCGUGAACACUGGGUCGACGAAACGUACGCCGAAGUCCACUUUUUCACUGCCCCAACGGAUGCCGCAGAAACCCUGCCUACAGCCCCAAGUCUACCUGGACCAUCCAGAAUGUCAACUCAACGUGCAGGUGCCACGUGCCGAGUGCAUGUGGACAGACUACAGCCCUGAACCGCUGGUGGACGCUCGCCUGGAGAGGAUCGACCUCUGCGCGAACUGCUGUAAGGAGGCGACGGAGGAACUGACGUUCGGCAGUUACGACCAUUGGCGUCUGAAGGACAUCCAGGACCUGAAGGACGCGUCCAUCAGCACGGAGGGCAGCGCGCCGGGGGCGGAGUGUGGACUCUCCUUCUCCGCGGACUUCUACCAGUACACGGACAGCCAGUGUCUAAAAAGUAAAGUCCGAAUCAAGUCGGUCUUCAGUAACAUAUCCCACAACCAGGCGGAGAGCCAUCUGAGAGAGCUGAAAACCUACUACUUUGACCGGGUUCUGCAGUUUCACCUGACGCCGCCGUCUUUCGGACUGAUGCUCGAUUUUUCACACAUCCUGGACUCCAACGCGUCCGCGUUUAUCGACAAAACCAUGAGCUGCGGUCUGAGCGACAACAACGGCAAUCAGGUUUCCACGUUCGUCACUGCGUGGGUGCCUGAUAUUGGGAUGUUCACGAAGUUAUCUGUGCUGUUAGCGGACUUAGUCCACCCGAAGAACUUCUACCCUUACGUCAUGUUUCUCUAUCUGUCCAACUGCAUGAAAUCCGGACAUUCCCACUUUGCCAGCAAAGAAACUUUCGAUUACAUCCUCAUCGACAACGAUCGUUGUUUCGUGCCGGAGAGGGUCGUGGCCCUGAACUUCACUCUUCACUACCGCAAACGGUUGACGGUGUUAACAGACACGUUAUUCUCCAAGACACACGUCUGUGACAUGCCGGCAGACAUAAUCAAUAAAUUCAAACAUGCCAACGCCGUCUCAUCAAAAGUGCCAAGUUUAGGAAGUCAACUAAGGGAGGAGAUCAUUAAAGACGAAGAAAUGGGACCGCUUAUAUUAAAGGAAAACCCAGAAAUAUACGAAGAGAUUGAUGGACGUGUAUCCACCCUGUUAGCUCACUACCAUAGGAAUUGCGACGAAUACGACGCGGACAAAUACGACCCUAUUCUGAGACAGAUGUACAAGACAGGUGCCAUCCAGUACGCGUACAUGGUCCAGGGAAGGGACUACAUGAUUGCGAAGUUCGAAGACGACCACAUUGGUUACCUGAAAGUAGUCGGAACAUCAGUUCGGCAGCGUAUCGCUGGAGAAAUUAUGAACGGAGGCUUUGCCGAGCUCGUGGCCUACCAUGUCGACCGUCUCAUGGAGCUGGGCCGGACCCCGGUGGUCGCUUCUCGCCGCCUGUUUCUCGAUGAUUCUCUCCGCCUGAAAGGUGUAAUUGAACCGCAUGGAGACCUCCUACACGACUAUACGUCAAGUAAGGUUACGUUGGAGAAGUUCUUGUCCCAAGUCAAAGAUGAGGGCAAAGAUACGGACAAGACAAUCCAGUGGGUCGCGAACCAGAUGAAAACGGAGGACGGAGCUCCGUUCUUGGACAUUGUGGUGGUUGGGAGAGUUAAAUCCCUCCGCGUUGAUGUAGACUUGAAUCCUAAGAUGAAGGACUUUCUGUCGCACCACAUCACCUUCAAUGACCUUGAGGACGCGGGAGUGACCCGUCAGAUGACGUGGGACGUCACCGACGCCAUCGUCUUCGACUUCCUGACGCACAACUCGGAGCGCACCGGCCUGGCGACGUCAGAACUACGUCACGUCGUCUACGACAACAGACCCGCCUUCUCACCGUCCAUCCCGACCGCAGUUUGUGAGUCGAUCCUGCGCUGCCAUCCAGCGCUCUAUCCGCCCCCCUCCCCCAACCCGCACGGCCCAACCAACUGCCCUGCCGCGUGUUGGGGAGGGGACGACGGUGAAACAGCCCUCGAUGGAAACUGUAGAUUUAGAACACACGUGUUAGAACGCUUUUACAACUUUGAGACAAAUACAUCCAGAGCGGACGAAUUUGUGGACUCUCUCGAGAAAGCCUUGGCUAAGGAGGCUUUGGACGUGCAGUCCAUCGAAAACUAUUUCGGACAGGUAGACCUGUACACAGGACUGAAGGAAAGGAUAUCCUACCUUCUAAGUCACAUAGAGCAGUGUCAGAAACAAUAUGGUGACGAUACUUUGAUCUAAUUUGGCGUCUCCACACUUAGGGUGUUACUUUCUACUUUUGAAAAGGCAAACU